AGAGGGACUUUGCUGCUGGAGCUGCGCUAUUGCCGUUGUUACAACCACCAACGCCUCACAAUUUCAGACGUGCAGCAGACAUCGUUGACGGCGGUUGAUAAUCGUGCCUGACUUAAAAACAUUCGUUUUCGAAAAGCAAUUCCCACACUCGAAGUAUUCGCGAAAAUGGUGUCCGCUCUGAAAUGCAGUUUGGCCGUGGCCGUUAUGAUCAGUCUGGCUUGUUCGGCCUACGCCAUCAAGUGCUACCAGUGCGAGUCCCUCACGAUGCCCAAGUGUGGCCUGAAGUUCGAGGCCGAUGAGACCUUGCUGCUGGACUGCUCCAGGAUCGGACCCCCCCGCUACCUGCAGAACUUCUUCCCCCUGCGGAACGCCACUGGAUGCAUGAAGAAGACCCUCGAGAGCGUGGCCGGACAUCCGCAGAUCGUGAGGAGCUGCUACUUCGGGGACAUCAACAACAUCCAAGCUGGCUGCCAGUCGGAUCCCUCCAUGCCCUUCGUUAAGCAGCUGGGCUGCGACGUCUGCACCAAGGACGAGUGCAACGGCUCCUCCUCCCUGGCCCCCAUUGCCGGAGCCAUCCUGCUCUUCUUCGGCGUGGCUCGUCUGCUGGCCUAGAUCUUAACUAGCUAGUUAAUUACCUGUGCGUAGUAUUUAACGAUCUUGUUCUCUGUAAAUUUCUUCUAAAUUUAUUUUAAUAAUAAAUGCACGACGAAUGGUUGUCAUAGCAACAUACCAAACUA